AAAUUACGAAUAUUAUUCAUUUUGAACUGUUGGGUAACAUAUUUCUAUAAGAAUGUAUACUAAAAGUGUAUAAUCUUUAAUUAUUUUUUUUAUUUUUAUUAUCGUUUUAAUAAGUUUGUUCUUAAAAUGGAACGUUCAUAUCAAAAUUGCACAGUGCGAGUCGUGAAAAUGAAAUGUCAGAAGCACAAUAACUUAUCACUAAUCACAUCGAAUUCAGGAACGUCAAAAUUAGAACACCCAGUUCUAUUUGUUGUUGUUUUUAUAUUGAUACGCUUGUUAUUAUAGCCUAUUUCCUAUAAAAUUAAAUAUUAUACAAGUUUUUUAAAAUGGAUUUAAAUAAGUUAUCUACGCAUAUAGCGAUAGUGUUUGUAAUUGGAUUUAGUUUGGGAAACGCAGUGUUUUUUCCGAACAUGUAUCCUCGAAUAAAACUUGCAGCAAAAGAAGUCUCUGACGCUGGUGAUCCUCUUUUCUUGUCAAAUUAUAUACAAAAUGGAUCAAUAGAACUCGCACAGAAUCUUUCCAUAGUGUCUUUGACGGAGAAAAUAGGUUUCCGGAGUCAUGCCGGCUUUUUCACUGUCGAUAAAAUGUACAACUCGAAUCUUUAUUUUUGGUACUUCCCGCCUUUCUCAAAGAAUAAAGAUGCACCAGUGGUGCUGUGGCUACAAGGCGGACCUGGAGGGAGCUCUCUGUUUGGCCUUUUUACUGAAAAUGGACCACUAAUUGCUAAAAAGAAUGGGUUUGCGAAGCGAAAAUACCAUUGGGCCCUAAAUAAUCAUCUUAUUUUCAUUGACAAUCCAGUCGGCACUGGAUUUAGUUUUACAAAUAACAACCAAGGUUAUUGCACGGAUGAGGAAUGCAUUGCAAAAGGUCUGUAUGACAGCUUGCAGCAGUUCUUUACAAUGUUUCCUGAUUUAAGGAAUUAUGAUUUUUACAUAACUGGUGAGAGCUACGCUGGUAAAUACAUCCCUGCACUCGCUAUGGAAGUCCACAGACAAAACAAAGUGGCCAAAUACAGUAUAAACCUUAAAGGAGUGGCGAUUGGCAAUGGGUAUUGUGACCCUGUAAACCAACUUAAUUAUGGCGAUUACUUAUACCAACAUGGGUUAAUUGAUGAUAAUCAGCUAAAAAUCUUUAAGAAGUACCAAAACCAAAUUUCUGCAGAUAUACAAGAAGAGAAAUGGCAAGAAGCUGAUGUUUUAAUGGACUAUCUGAUGGAUGGGGAGAUCAGUAAUUUCUCAUACUUCAAAGCAUUCACAGGAUUUGAUUAUUAUUAUAAUUUCCUACAAACAAGGGAUUUAGAUGACAUGUCUGUAUUUUCAAAUCUACUUCAAAAUGAUAAAGUAAGGCGCAGCAUCCAUGUGGGAGGGCUACCGUUCAAUGAUGGAGAACAAGUCCAAAUACAUUUAAUUAAAGACAUGCUUAAAUCAGUUGCACCAUACAUUUCAGAACUAUUAUCUUUUUAUAAAAUUAUGUUUUACAAUGGACAGCUAGAUAUUGUUGUAGCAUAUCCAUUGACGGAGAACUUUUUACGGAAUCUGAAUUUCUCUGCAGCAGAUGAAUAUAAGGAGGCACCAAGGAAAAUCUGGAGAGUAGGUGAUGAUAUUGCAGGGUAUGUGAAGAAAGCAGGGAAUUUAACAGAUGUUUUAGUAAGGAAUGCAGGACAUAUGGUACCGCAUGAUCAGCCAAGAUGGGCUUUGGAUUUAAUUACAAAGUUCAUUCGAGAUAAAUUAUGAACUCACCGAGUUACUUUUCAUACCUUGAGGACAAUAUGUCAGAUACAUAAUUGAUGUGUGAAUGUCAAAAGUACAAUAAUUGAAGUGCAAUGAAAAAUAUUUCUAUGGACAUGGGCCUUAUUUACUUCACUGCCUUCUCUAGGAUUUAUUUUAUUCACAACUGAAAUACAAAUGUUGCAGAUGAGUUGAGAACAUAUUUAGCUUUUUAUUGCUUUCUAUGCUUAUAAAAUAUUGUACACCAAAAAUAUGUCUCAUGUAUAAGUGUGAUAUAAGAAUUGCAAUGUAAGGUUUUUUUAAAAGAUCUCAUUUUUAAUUAAAAUAUGUAAGACAAAGGUAACCUUCUAUUUUGUGGCUGAGCAACAAGUGGUCCUGGUUUUAAAAGACCCAUAGAAUUGUGGUAUCUAACUCAGUGGGAAAAAACAACUGGGAGAUAAAUGGCCAUUGGCAUGCUUAAUUUUUUUUAUACUUGAAUGAUAUUUUGAUUCUUCAAGAAUCAUGUCUUCUGUUUUAAUAUUUUUUAAUAUAAUUUUUAUCACAAAUAAAACUAUUUUUAUUA